AUGCGCUACGCCAGCAGCAUGCUCGCGGCACUGUGUAGCCAGUCAGUAUAUACUCUAAAAUCACGACAUGGUUUGAGGUGUUUAGUUCUGGAAGCAAGCAUGGGCCAAAGCCACGGGUCAUAUGCGUCUGCGUGUCGUCAUCGGAACAGGGAGAUGCUGAACUUGCGGCAUCAAAGUCGAGGAGACAAGCGACAUCGACUUCAACAGCGUCGAGAACAGAAGUUCGAUUCUGACGACGAUGAGGAUGGCAUUUGGCAAGCGUGGGGCGGCCCAAACGAGUUGACACUGGCAAAUGGUCAACCGUUCAGCAGCGGCACAGAAGGCGACCAGAAUGGCAAAGAGUUUGAGGACACUAUCCGACAACUCUUCAGUUUAGAUUCAACGCAUAUUCAACUACAUCAAGGUGGCCUUGCUGAGGAUGUUGCAGACAGACUGAGAAAAGCUCAUAGCCGGCUCCCGCGAGACCUCGCCACAGUGGAGUGCGACUACAACAUCGGCAGGGAAAAGUUCGUGCUCGCCCAGCUGGAUGGUGUUGGAAGCCUAUCGCCGAGCCAGUUGGAGAUGGGCGAGUGGCUCCUGGAGCCUGAAAAGAAGGAGGGCAUGUGCAUUGCCGAAUUCUGCAUCAACUCAAAACCGUUCAGUGCCAAACUUUACCAACUUGGACGAAUUGCCGAGAUGAUUCAUGCAGGAGCGGAGUGUGCUGACGAUCAUGACAUCAAGAACCAUCACAUCAUCUACCUCAUCAUCGUCGACAGAUCGCGUCCGAAUCUGGCACCGAGCAGGCUUCUCCGCAGAUACAAGGCGCUCAACCUCGCGUAUAAGCAUGGCAGGUUCGGCGUACUGUACGUCAGCAUGGGAACCUUGGCGCGCAAGUGGGCACAAGGCUCUGCAAGCACGACCUCAACGUCAUCCGUCUGGGUGCGGGAACUGAUCCGCGAGGAUGGGAAGGUCACAGAAAAGCUGAGGCGCAAGGAGGAUGGCAAGGAGUUUGAGCCAGUCAAUGCGUUCCAAGUGAAAGGAGCCUUGGCCAACGUGGAUGACCUGAAGGAAGCUAUCAAGAAGAAGAAGCCAAAUCGAGUGACGUGCGAUGCAGAUGAAAUUGUCAUUCACAGCCUGAAGGACAAGGAGUGGGUGAAGGAAGACACGAUGUCAGCAAGACUGCGAGACACAACUGAGGCAAAUUGCUAUGGGUUCACGCUGCCACCAGCGGACGAUGCUUGA